CAGCGCGGUCCCGCCUCCUGCUGCCAGAGGCCGGGUGGGCGGCGGGAUGGCGGCGGCAGCGGCGCGGGGCCGGGUGCUGUGCCUCUUCGAUGUGGACGGGACCCUGACACCGGCUCGGCAGAAAAUCGACCCGGAGGUGGACGCGUUCCUGCGGGAGCUGCGGCAGAGGGUGCACAUCGGUGUGGUGGGGGGCUCCGACUACGCCAAGAUAGCCGAGCAGCUGGGGGACGGCGAUGAAGUCAUUGAUAAGUUUGACUACGUCUUUGCAGAGAAUGGCACAGUGCAAUACAAGAAUGGGCAGCUGGUCUCCAAGCAGGCCAUCCAGGACCACCUGGGAGAAGAGCUGCUGCAGGAUCUGAUCAACUUCUGUCUUAACUAUAUGGCACUGCUGAAGCUGCCCAAGAAACGAGGAACCUUUAUUGAGUUUCGCAAUGGGAUGCUGAACAUCUCCCCCAUCGGACGCAGCUGCACCCCAGAGGAGCGAAUCGAGUUCUCCGAGCUGGACAAGAAAGAGCGGAUUCGGGAGAAGUUUGUGGCAGCCUUACAGAGGGAGUUUGCUGGCAAAGGCCUGCGUUUCUCUCGAGGUGGCAUGAUCAGCUUUGACGUCUUCCCGGAGGGCUGGGACAAGCGCUACUGCCUCAACGUGCUCGAUGACGAGAGAUUUGACACCAUCCACUUCUUUGGGAACGAGACAACUCCUGGGGGGAACGACUAUGAGAUCUACGAUGAUCCCCGCACGGUGGGACACAGCGUCCAGAACCCGCAGGACACAGUCCAGCGAUGCCGCGAGAUCUUCUUUCCGGAGAGAGCAAACGAAUGCUGACUGCACAGGUCCCACAGCCCUGCCCCAGCCCUGCCCUCUCCCCAAUCAGGAAAAGCACCUUCACUUGAGGGAUCUGCUCAGGGUGACUGGAAUCCCCACUGUGCAAAGCUGGUCAGGAUGUUAAGGCAUGAGCGCAGGUGGGUGAGCAGGAGGGGGCUUUGCUGAGCUGCCCUUUGGCACUCCCCAUCUGCAGCUGGGGGUCAUAGGACCAGACCCUCCUUGCCUCCAGAAAAACUUCUCUCUUGACAGUUUGGGCUGGGUAGGCAGCAAUGCAGAUGCUUUCUUGAUCAGAAAGCAUUGAAAGGGCCAGUCACAAGAGUGUGUGACCAUCCUGUGCUUCCUCACCUCUUCUUUUUUCUCUGUUUCUCUUAACACUUCUGCAUGAGGGAGCAUGUGUCUCAUCUUUCUCUCCCCUUUGCACCUUGGCUGGGGAGGCUGGGGCUGCUGAGGCCCCAGGCACUCUCCCUGGAGCUGCUCCAAGGCAAGAGGCCAAGAAGGCUGUUUGCUCCAAGUAGGAAGGGGUAGCUGUGAUCCCAGAUGGUUGCAGCACUGGGCAUCCUGACACAGGGGGUCACCAUGUCCUUCCCCUUAAUGCCAUGCCAUGCUAGUCACUACAGGUGACCUGGGAAUUACAGUUUUAAGAUGACUGACUGGGCUUCUGCUCUGAGCUUUGCUCAGGUACAUGAAGAAACUAAUUCUCUCUUUAGCCCUCAAAAAAAACCCAGGAUGUAUUUCCUGUGUUCUCAAAUGAGACCUUGUCUGGUGUGACUGGAGGAUGCCAGGCAUCUGAUGUGUGCAGGGCACUCUGUGGAGCAGUUGUGGGCGGAAGGCUUCCUGGUCCUCUGCCCACUGCCAUGUCCAUUAGGUGUCACAAGUGUGUCAAUGUAAAACCUCACCCAGAGCAUUCAUAAAAGACCAGGUCACCUUCCUUCCCAGUGCUCAGCUUUCCAUCCUGCUGCCAGAGGCAUUCUCAGAGAGGGCCAACACAGGCCAGACCUGGUUCGUAGUGCCAAUGGAGGUACCCCCUCAACAGUGCCCUCCAAGCUUGCUUUUCUACCCCAUCUCGUCCCACACACUCAGUUUACAUGGUCACCUUUAGGAGGCAGGAUCUCCAGUACUGUCAUGUGUCCUGCUGCUCUCUUCAGGGUCUUCAUGCGUUGCAAAACCACAUCUGUCCUUCAGCCCUUGACCUCAUGUUGCCCCUUUGCUCCUGGCAGCUGUGCUGGGACACGUGGCUGCACCGAUGACACUAGUCACAACUUGGUACUCCAGAGAAGCUCAGGGAUCCCCUCCAGGGAGAUGUCCACUUACAGCUACCCAGGGCACACCUACCUGGGGUUUGUGGACUUGGAAGAUAGUGAAUGUUCCUGCAACCCGCCCCUUUGCUCCCCAUGAGCCUUUCUCACCACAUCCCUGCUGCUAUGGCACUGUCCUGUCUCUUGGUCCUGUUUUCUCUCCCCUUUGUCUGCUGUUCCUGCUGUCCUUGCCAUUGCUCUUCAUCUCCCACCUAAUAGAUGGACUGCAGAGAGAAGUUUCUCAGCUGGCUGCCACCACUGUAACCAAGGGACUGCAUGCAUCAGGUGAGGUAUGUUGGUACUUGUAGACCUAGGGCAGGGCUCCUAUGUGGCCAUGGGCAGAGUCCUGAGUGGUCCUUGGCGCUGCUGCCUGGCUGCAGAAGCAGGGGUGCUGCCCCUCCCCCUGACUGCACCUCUUAACUCUACAACACAUCAGGUCUGUGAUGCAUCCCAUGUGCAUGAGCACAAGGGUCUGCCCAGCAUCCAGAAAUCCCCAGCAGAUACACAAACUCCUCUUUCUACCCAGAGGUUGUUGCUUGGCAGAUGAGGACUUGUUGGAGAAACCUGAAUGCAGGCUGCACUUUUCACAGGCCACUGGUUUUGGCACUGAAACCUUCAUGGAGGAAUCGUGUGUUUUGUGGUUCCUCCUUCUCUGUUCACUGUGGAUCAGGUGAUGUGUGUGGUUUGGGGGGGGGGGGUUAAUUUUCCUGUAAGUCUAUUCAAAGCCAGCAGGAGCUCCUGUGAGUUCAGUGGUGAGUGAAGAGCAGCCCUGAAGUCACAAGACACUGUGGUGGCCUUGGGGGCUGAGAUGACUUGCACAUUUGAAGGGAAGGACAGGCUCUGUCCAAGGCUGCUCCUGGUGGCAGUGCGUCCCUUGCUCAGGGUGGGAGGGGUUGCAGGGCAAGCAGAGCAGAGGCCGGUUGACCUCCGAGGCACCUGCCAUCACUGUCUGCUCAAGAGCUCACUUGUGCAUAGGUGGGAUGAAGCCCUGCAGCCUUCCCUGUUCCUGUCUCUGGCUUCCACCAAGCCCGGGACAGCUGAGGGCACCUCGCAGCAGGAGACACUGUCCUGCUGGAGGGGUGAGGAUGACACCAGAAGCAGCUGGGGCAGCACCUCAGGGUCACAGCAUGGCUGAGGCUGAAGGGGCCUCAUCUGCUCCCACCGUUCUGCUCGAGCAGGGCUGCCGAGAGUGCCGGCUGCCUGCUCUGUGUUCUUGCAAGCAGGGAUGAGGCACAGCGCUCAGGUGAGAGCCCUGUGCCUCUCCCCAAGAUCCCUUUGCCAUGAUGUUCCUCACCUGGUGGGUGCCUGUGGUGUGAACUGGGGGUUCUCCUGUGUAUGUGUGAGUGAGAGGAUGUGGUGGGCCCUGUGUUGGGAAGUGGCUCCGUAUCUGUGUGAGAUGGGAAGCUCCUGUCUGGCAAAUACCAACUGUUAAAUAAGAAAUAUAUUUAAAUACAGAUAUAUUAAAACAAAA